AUUCUGUGGCUUGAUGUGGCUUUGUCAGUUACUGCCUCCCCACCUCCCGGGACUUCCCACUGCCUCUUUAGCACAAAUCAGACUUAAGCAAAAACAACUCUUUUUCCAUGGGAUCAGUUAUAUAAAGAAUGGCUUUGCAGUGAGCAGUUCAGUCUACUGGUCUCAUCAGUGAAAGGCUUGUGAAAAUUUCUGGAAAGAGCACUGGCUGGCUUGUUCAUCUCUCUGUUUGGUCAAUUGCUGUGUUUCUGCCGGAUCAGAUGAGCAGAUUGGUUAGUGAAGGUCAGUGUGAGAAGAUUGUUUCUGAGCUUGAGAAGCUUCUGGAGGAUUGAAGAGUAUUUGAAGUCUGUGUCAAACAUUCAUAUCGUAAGUGGAAUUUUGGAGAUAUUCAAAGAAUGCUGUCAGAAGGGUAUCUCAGUGGACUUGAGUACUGGAAUGACAUCCGCUGGAGUUGUGCCUCUUAUAAUGAGCAGGUGGUUGGGGAAAAGGAAGAGGAGACAAAUUCUGUUGCUACUCUUUCCUAUUCCUCUGUGGAUGAAACACAAGUCAGAAGUCUCUACGUGAGCUGCAAAUCAUCUGGCAAGUUUAUCUCUUCAGUGCAUUCAAGAGAGAGCCAACAUAGCAGAAGUCAGAGAGUCACAGUGCUGCAGACAAACCCCAAUCCUGUGUUUGAAAGCCCAAACUUGGCUGCAGUUGAAAUAUGUAGAGAUGCCGGCAGAGAGACCUACUUGGUUCCAUCUUCUUGCAAAAGUAUUUGCAAGAAUUAUAAUGACUUACAUAUUGCAGGGGGCCAGGUGAUGGCCAUUAAUUCAGUGACAACAGAUUUUCCCUCUGAGAGCAGUUUUGAAUAUGGCCCUUUGCUGAAGUCAUCUGAGAUUCCUUUAUCCAUGGAGGAUUCCAUUUCUACUCAGCCCAGUGACUUCCCCCAAAUACCUAUCCAGCGGUACUCAUCCUAUUGGAGAAUAACAAGCAUCAAAGAGAAAAGCAGCUUGCAAAUGCAGAAUCCUAUUUCUAAUGCAGUGCUGAAUGAGUACCUGGAGCAGAAGGUUGUGGAAUUAUAUAAACAGUACAUUAUGGACACCGUGUUUCAUGACAGUUCUCCUACUCAGAUUCUGGCAUCUGAACUCAUCAUGACAAGUGUAGACCAAAUCAGUCUUCAAGUGUCUAGAGAGAAGAACCUGGAGACCUCAAAAGCCAGGGAUAUAGUCUUUAGCCGCCUAUUGCAAUUGAUGUCAACUGAAAUUACUGAAAUUAGCACUCCUAGUCUCCAUAUUUCUCAGUAUAGCAAUGCAAAUCCAUAGAGAGAAUGCUUCCAUUACUGUCUCUCAUUUACUUAAGCAUGAAGCAACACUUUAUCCAUUUAUUCUGAGAAUGUGCAGGAGGGAGUGGUGAAGGGGAAUUAAGGGCUAGAGAAGUAAAGGUCAGUUGGAAGUCAUGUGUGAAUGAUGGGGAAAUCUCAUAAUAUUACACUUGAUGAAGGAAUGUGGUAAGAGAAGCCAUAAGGAAAGAUUUCAAAGAAAGGUGUGUACAGCAAGGAAGCAAAAAUAAAAAUGAUCAAAAAAAGAAAAGGUUAAUUCAUUUAAAGAAACAUAGGAAUUAAAAAAGAAGACAGCCAAAUGAGAUGAAACAAAAAGGCCAAAAGGUAGCUGGGCGCGGUGGCUCUAGCCUGUAAUCCCAGCAUUUGGGAGGCUGAUGUGGGUGGAUUACCUGACAUCAGGAGUUCAAGACCAGCCUGGUCAACAUGGUGAAACCCCAUCUCAACUAAAAAUACAAAAAGUUAACCGGGCGUGGUGGUGGGUACCUGUAAUCCCAGCUACUCGGGAGGCUGAGGCAGGAGAAUUGCUUGAACCCGAGAGGUGGAGGUUGCAGUGAGUCGAGGUCGUACCAUUGCACUCCAGCCUGGGUAACAAGAGUGAGACUCCAUCUCAAAAAAAAAAAAAAAAAGCCAAAAGGUUUCCAACUUGUUUAUUUUUGAAGGAAAUGGACUGUAGAAACCUGCUAUAUUUGGAUGGAAAGAUAGGGUCAAACAGUUUUCAAAAUAUGUUUAUCUCUCAUUUGUCUAUUCUGUAUCAGAUCAUUUAAAGGUUUAUUCUUUGUAAAUAUUAAAACUGUAACAAAUUA